CGAGAAAUGACAGCUGGGGUUUACUUAUCAAAGAAUCGAAACUUUAACCAAACUGUCUAGUUUUAGCGAUCUUGUCGAAGAUAUUUCAAAUAUGAUCUUUUUCUAAAACAAAGGCAGUCAUUAACAUUAACAUUGCCGGUCGAUCGUGACCCAACUUCUUAAUCCAGUCUAUCUGAAGCUAGUAAAAAUCAACGUGAUUGAUAAUUGCUUCGAUUUGCAUCGGUGAAGACAAGCUUUGGUCCUCCUAAAAUGUGGCAAAGAGACCUUCAACUGCUCUUAUGUUUCGUCUGUGGUCUUGUCGUCAGAGGAGAAGAUACGACAACAUCUCAGUUAAUGCCAUCACCGACUGAUGCCGCCAACUCAAUCUCAAGGUCUUCAGCAAUACCUUCCUCAGUCCAAAACCACACAUAUAACGGGACGCUUACCCUAAACCAGGCAUGGAAUGAAAAAUUGUUGGACAAUACCUCCGAUGAAUACAAAAAUAUUUCGGAUGCCAUCGAGGAGAGGUUAAGACUAGUAUUUCAAAACGAAACAGGAUUUGUCGCAGUCAAAGUUGGAAAAUUAUCAAAUGGAAGCAUUAAGGCAGAAUUUUCAUUGGAAACUAAAGGAAGUCUUACUAUAACGAAUAAGUCUCUAAAAUCCAAAUUAGGAAAAUUCUUCAGAGGACUUUUCGAGCUUUUCUCUUUCGAAAUUAAAAUCGAUGCUUCCAUUAAAAUACAUGUUGGUCCAUCAAAAUCAUCGUCAGUUACAUCAUCUUCACCCACAUUAUCAUCCUUAACCAGUUUCAAGGCACAGCCAAAGUCAUCUCUAAUAUCAAUGGUGCCUUCAUCUUUAUCACUAGUAGGAUUGCAAGCAACACCAUCAAUGUCACUUUCUCAAGACAUUCCUACAACCCAUCCAACGCCAACUUCUUCCUAUACCUCCCCUCAGGCAACGACAUCACUACCAGGUAUGGAGACAACACCAUCAACGCAGUAUCCUUUUAUACUACCAACUUCUCAUUUACUGAUGCCAACUACCUCUACUUCAUCUUUCUCCCGAAUGACGAUGUCAUUAACAAGAAGUCAAAUGACGACUUACACAGAAUCAUCCUCUGUAUCUAUCUCGUCGUCUUCGCUAGUGAUACACGGAAAGCCUAAUUCAACAGAAUUGGCUAAUUCUAUAGUACUAUUGCCAGAAAGUUCGCCACGUCCAUCGCCAACAUCAUCUUCUCAUGUGAUGACAACAUCCAGAAAUGAAUCGUCAUCACUGUCGCGAUCGUUAAUGCCAUCCUUAUCAUAUUAUUCUACUGCUAAAGUAUUGCCUAGCCUUCAAUCACAAACACCAUCGAUAUCACCUACACAAUCUUCAUUUCUAACAAAAACAGCUCCUGGGUCGCAAACAACAACAUGGUUAACAUUGCCAUUGCCAGUAAAUCCAACCAUUACAUCGCAGCCAGUUUCAAAAUCUAUACCAUCGUCUCUUCGUACCACAAUGAAUUUACAGAAAACAACGGCAUCGCUAUCAGUAUCGAGAUCAUUGCAAACGACGCUCUCAAUUUCAUUAUCAUCGUCGCAUUUAUCUUUACCAAUUUCAGCAAUUUACUCCAACGUCUCAUCACAAGGGCUGGUGUCACAUUCUAAAACUAUGUCUACAGUCUUAGCAACAACGACCACAUAUCAGACCAUAAAGAAAGUAUUUGGUUGUAAACUAACGCUCGAUAGACCUUGGAAUGAUAAUUUAAACAAUUCUGCGUCUUCAGAAUAUAUCAGACUUGCUGGUUUUGUAAAAGGAAAUCUUACGAAAGUAUUAAAUAAGGAGCCUGGGUUUGUAUCCGUGACGGUUGAUAGAUUCUUCCAAGGAAGUGUUGGGGUAGAUCUUACCGUGGUAAUGACCGCAACUUCGAAUUCAACAAGCAAAUCGCUGGAACAAUCUAUCCUAAAGGCAAACUCGUCUGGUAACAUGGCGUUACCUGUAAGCGGUCUCAGCAUACAGCUCAAAGAGAUUUCUUCCACUGCAUAUAGCUCACACGUAGUAAACUCAACUUUUGUGCAUUUGGCCACGAGUACUUCUCCAGUUUUGUUGACAGAUUCGUCGUACCAGCUAAGGACACCAUCAUCAGAAACUUCGAUGUCGCCGAGACCACCCAUUCUAACACAGUCCGAAAUAUCAAAGACUUCAUUUGUGACGCUUGAAACAUCCUUGAUGUCAUCUGUUUUAAAUACGAAAAAUAUAAUAAUCACACAACCUUCUUUAUCUACACCCCUUUCAUCUUCACCAUCAGUGUCAUUAUCAACCAUGUCAUUGACAACGUCAUCAGUCCUUGGAGUUUCACCAUCAGUGUCAUUAUCAAACAUGUCAUUGACAACAUCAUCCGUCCUUACAGUUUCACCAUCAACGUCAUUAUCAAACAUGUCAUUGACAACAUCAUCUUCAUCAGUCCUUGCAGUUUCACCAUCAACGUCAUUAUCAAACAUGUCAUUGACAACAUCAUCUUCAUCAGUCCUUGCAGUUUCACCAUCAGUGUCAUUAUCAAACAUGUCAUUGACAUCAUCAUCUUCAUCAGUCCUUGCAAUUUCACCAUCAACGUCAUUAUCAAACAUGUCAUUGACAACAUCAUCAUCAUCAGUCCUUGCAGUUUCACCAUCAACGUCAUUAUCAAACAUGUCAUUGACAUCAUCAUCAUCAUCAGUCCUUGCAGUUUCACCAUCAGCGUCAUUAUCAAACAUGUCAUUGACAACAUCAUCAUCAUCAGUCAUUGCAGUUUCACCGUCAGCGUCAUCAUCAGUCCUUUCAUCUUCACCAUCAACGUCAUCAUCAGUCCUUUCAUCUUCACCAUCAGCGUCAUCAUCAGUCCUUUCAUCUUCACCAUCAGUGCCAUCAUCGGCCCUUUCAUCUUCACCAUCAGUGCCAUCAUCAGUCCUUUCAUCUUCACCAUCAGCGUCAUCAUCAGUCCUUUCAUCUUCACCAUCAGUGCCAUCAUCGGUCCUUUCAUCUUCACCAUCAGUGCCAUCAUCAGUCCUGUUAUCCUCACCAUCUGUGCCAUCAUCAGUCCUGUUAUCCUCACCAUCUGUGCCAUCAUCAGUCCUGUUAUCCUCACCAUCAGUACCAUCAUCAGUCUCUUUACCGUCACCCUCAACACCAGUUCCAUCUCCUUCACCGUCGUCGCCUAUAUUGACAACGCCGUCAAUAAUGACCACACCAAAACCAGUAGCUACCAAAACUCGAACGUUUAAGUGCAUAUUCAAGAUGAUCAGAGCAUGGUCCUCAAACUUACUUUAUUCCUACUCCCAAGAAUUCAAGGACUUAGCACGGGAGAUAACAGAAAAGAUAACUAAGGUGUUGUCCAAACUUCUUGAAUUUCUUUCAGUGGUAAUUCUCAGGUUUUUUGAAGGUAGUAUAGGAGUAGAAAUGAAUGCGAUAUUUAGCGCAAGCUCUAAUGUAACGGAUGCAUUGAUAGAAGAGUCAAUUAAGUCGGCUAACUCAUCCGGUACCCUUGGGCUAAAUCUUGUUGAGUUGAGUGUUGAGGAAGACAAGCCAACAACAGGUGGAGAUGAAGGCUUAGAGACUUGGGUUAUCGUGGUUAUCAUUGCAAGUAUCGUUGUAUUCGUGUUGCUGAUUAUUAUCAUCGUUCUUACAGUUUGUAUCAAAAGGUUAUCGAAAAAGAAGAAGCUCUAUAAUUUGUGGAUAGAUGACAGCGUGGUUUAUUCAAGACGUCACACCUACGUCAGCAGCGGCAAUGGUGAAAGGAUUGAACUAAGGAACUAUCCACGAAAUCAAGAAGGAGGGAACAAACGGAUCACAAACGAUGAUGAACAAGGAAAUCUACGAGGAAGUUAUGAGAAUGAUGGACAAAACAGUGAGGAGCUGAUAUAGUCAUAUUUAUGGACUGCAAAGUGGAAUUGUUCAGUUUUGGCGUUUAGUCCCACUGAAUAAAUCCUAAACUCGAUUAGCUGAAGAAAUAAAAAAACUUGUGGUAUGUGGAGUUAUAAAGCGCUUGGAGAUUGGCAGAACACUCGAGAAGUGUCGAGAAGCAUUCCGCUACGAUUCGUGCUUCUCUCACACUUCUCUCGUGUUCUACCUAUUUCCGCGUGCUUCAAAACUGCACACAGCACGCGCGCGCGUUUUUUUAUUUCUUCAUUAUCUCAGAGGGACCUAAGAUAAGAAAAUGGAAAAAAUGGCAUUAACUAAUCUAAAAAAAUGACAAUUUAAAAAUAAGAUAUUUUCAUACUUUUUUGGUGAGGUGUGAUAAUGAACGUGCAGGUCACAAACCAUUUAUAUCAAUAGAAUACUUAGGGACCCUUGUUAAUAAAUGAGAGCAAAUAGGAUGUUUUUAUAAUGGCUUCAUUUGACUCCCACUAUCAUAAUGCUUCACGAAUGUUCUUCCUUAUUUAAAUUUGUAUUCCCAAAUGAGAAUAGUGAGACAAUUGGUGCUAAUUAAGUGAAAAAAAGAAAGUGUUUAAGGGAGUCUGGUAGUAGAGGUCAAUGCAAACGCUCUAGCAAAUAGCUCAAAAUCCAAAAAUGCAACGCGUAUCACAUUGUAUUUAUACGUAAGGCAUUUUAAAGGCCAAUUUCUACAUUACCCACAACUUACCGUGAUAUUUAGUAUUUUAGUUGUAGCAUGUGUUUGUCUGGCUAUCAAACCGUCAACCGACGAGUAAAGAAUUAAAUUUAGUUAGUAAGUAGCAGAUUGUGGACUAAUGAAGUCGUUUCUUUCCAGACUUAAUUAUAAGCCAGUUCAUAGAUUAAUAMUUGUAUUUUGAGUGCACAUAUGCGAUUUUAUCCCACCUUUUCUCACCUUCUUUKUUUAARCCUUCUGUUGUUCUUAAUUAAACAAAAGGUGAGAAAUUCGGGAUAAAAUCGCAUAUGCGCACUCAAAAAACAAUUAUUAAUCUAUGAACUGUCUUAUAGACCUGAUAUACCUCCUCGGCUCUGGAGCGCUCGAGCGUAAUGUUGUCCCAUUUCAGAGUACGUGUCAUUCCCUUGAGAAUAAUAUUCUUUGUUUGAGUUGUAUCCAUAUUCAUGUGUCUUUUCAUGCGCAACCGAGCGCAAACCUUAAACAAAGAAAUGAUGCUCUAGGGAAUGACACGUGGUCUGAAAUGGGAAAAUAUUACGUCAGAGCCGAGGAGGUCUAUUCGUGGUAUGACAAUGUCUUCUCAAUUGAAGGUGACAAAAGUGGAAAAUGAACAACUAUUGUUUUGAGACUCGUCGGGAUAUCAUCGUUUUUCCUUUCGUAUCCUUUGGGAUACUCAUGAAUUUUUCAUAGAAUAAAUACAAAAGAAAAUGAAUUCUCUAGAGGUUUGUCACGCUGAAUUGGGAAAGCAUUGUCUCCACACGAAUGAGGCCUAUUGGGAAAGAAGGCUUUAGUCCACGUUCUUCUAUCAUAAUCAUAGUUAAUAGGUUACAAUUAAAUGGUAAAAAAAUGAUUUGAUUACAGAACUUGUAUCAAGUUUAUAACACGUUUAAAACAAAUUAAGUGUUUCUUAAUAGGUUGGUAUUAUUAUCAUUUAUUGCUUCGGCAACUUUAAAAUUAUAAAUUUAAUAACCGAAUUUUAGGGCUGGACGCCCACACACACAAAAAAAAAAGGGUUUAAAGUAUACCCAAAUGCACUUAAUAUACGAUUACCUAUAUAACCUUCUAGAAUAUUUAUAAUUUUUGUUGGUGCUAUUUCAUUAGUCGUUCCGAGGUUGUGGAGGAAAAACUGGCUUGACUUGGCAUUCCGGUGCAUCGUGRGAUUGUUUGAGAGACAUAUUUCCAAGAUGGCGUCCAUUUUGUUCCUAAAACAGCGCCCACAAUGCACUGCGAUGCCAAUUCUACCCCUUUUUCCCCUUAACCUCGGAAUGGCUCAUUAGCGUUGAUUAUCUACCUGUAUACCAUGGGUGUCAUUGAAUACUUUCCYAUUACAGACCACGUGUAAUUCCCUGUA